AAGUGUGCCGCAGUGAAUUUUGAUAUUUUGGAACACAGGUUGGUAGACACCAGAGGAACGCACGGCAUUAGAGUUCGGACAUUUUGUAGUAAUCCCUGUAAUCACAGGGAAGCUUUGAAGAGAAAAAGAAAUGGGCCUGGAAAGACGCCCAGAUAGGGCUCUCACUAUCAUAGGAAUGAGCCAAAUCUAUUGUAUCAUUCUGGUUACUGUAGCCCUGGCCCUUCCUCUAAUCCAUCUGGCGACAAAUGGAAAGUUAAAUAUCUGUGUGCCAAUAAUCUACGUGUGCGUCCUGUUCCUCGUUGCCAUCCUCUUUCUCAUCUACGUCCAUGCCUACCUCCUCAAGGGUCUCUCUUCCUACAGGCCUUUCGCCUUGUUUGAACCUUCCCACAAGAGGAAGUUCGCCAACAGCGAUGAUGAGUCGAGAAGUUCGGGCGGCGGCCACGUCAACCCCGCCUUCACCCCAGACGAAGAUGAAAACAGGGACAUUGUGGAUAGCGACCCGUCCAGGCCACUGAAGGAGCUCUACACUCUUCGAGCUCUACCCAAGAUUACCAUGUUUGGUCACGGAGAUGCAAAUUAUCCUAACUUCUUUCUUAGAGUUGGCGCUAUUGUCUUUGGUAUUGGAAGUAUGCUCUAUGACGGCAUCAGACUGUGUCACCACAUGGGCGACCUGAUCGGUUGCAAGAAGGCGGACGCAUAUGACAUCUCGGUCUGCAUAAUGGUGGUCCUACAUUUCAUUUUCACCUUCUACCAGCUGUACUUCUUGUUCAGAAACAGUAGGAUCUCCAUUAACGCCCACAAAGAUUUCUGCCGCUUCGGGCUGAUGCACAUGGUAGCCACCAAUCUUGCAAUCUGGAUCCUGAUCGUAAUUCAGGAGACGGGUUAUCAGGAUAAUAUUGUUACUUCAAAAGACAAUGUCACCGCCGAUGCUAUCAGCUGCAACAAGCCUCCGAUCAUGGUUCACCUCGAGAUCCUGAUUCGUCCCUACCUCUUCCCACUGGUCGUCCAGUGCUCCAUCGUCUGUGCCAUCUCCGCCUUCAUCAUGUACGCCAACAUCGGCCUCCACGAGCGCCUCCAGCUGCGCGUCCUUGCCUCGGGAGUGAUGCCGUUGGCCUACCUUCACCACUACAAGCGCUCCAAGCCAACCAGCCGUCAAGGCAUGAGCUGUCACAGAGCGUACGCCGGCCUCUUCGGGGGAAUCUUCUUCCUGGUUCUCAUCCUGUUAGCAAUCAUCGUCUACAUCUUACUGAAGUCCCAGUCGACCUGGUCCAAGAUAGCCUACCUGAUGUACUCGACCAGUGAGAUCGUCGCUCUGUUCAUUCUCUUGAUCAUUGUCAUCGUGGCCUUGGUCUUUAUCCAGAAGCUCUCACUGAGGUUCAUUGAGAAGAAGAAAGUAGACGAGAUCCUCUUGAUGGCCUCUCUCUUCUGUGUCCUGGUCUUCGACGGCUUCACCCUGGUCUUGUCCCUUUAUGUCGGUACCAAGGCGAAGCUGGCGCCCUCGAUCUACUUCGGGCCCCUUGUGGUCGGUGUUCUUCGCUCUGCCCUCUCCUCCAUUGAAUCAGUCCUCCAGAUCUGUUUGAUCUUUGACGGAUUCCGGCGCCAUUGCGGGGACAAAUGCCAGUUCAAGCUAAAGCCAGGCCGUGGGCCCAUCACCUUCGUCUUAAUCGUGAACGUGGCGCUGUGGUAUUUUUACAUGUUUCAAACAACCACUUGCUUCACCAGCAAGGAGAUCUACGCCUUUUAUUUCUCCCACUCCUGGCUGAGCAUCUUCUACACAUGCGCACCAAUCGUGGUGUUCUUCCGUUUCUUGUCAGCUGCGUGUCUGUACGACGUCUGGAAGCAGAGCUAUGAAAAGCAGAAGGUAUUCUAAGAGCAGCAUAUCCACAGAUAAGAAUCUUCAUAGAAUAAGAAUGUCCAGCGUAUAACAUUUGAUAUAACGAAUUUAUCUUACUCAGCAAACUAGAAAGAAAACCCCGCAAUUAUCAGAACUACGUGUAUUCUAUAUUGAUAUAUUCGUUGAUUUUUGCACGAACCCUGUAUUGUUUUUUCGAUACCAAUCGCACUUUCACAGUCAGGUUAAAUUGUCUGUAUGUUCGAUCUGUGAAUUAGAAGUGCCGGUAAUAAUUAAAGAAGUUGUAUUCGGCCCGUUCCAGAUAAUUUAUCUACCUAUAUGUUUGAUAUGAGUAUCUUCCAAAUAGUAGAAAUCGUUUGUAUUCUUGUAACUGAUAUCACAUGUUAAUAAAGAUUACAUUAACUUCUUCA